UAAAGAAAAGCAAAACACCCCAGUUGGUGAAGUUGGACAAGCCUGUUAAAACGUCCUCAUGCUGCCCAUGGGUGAAUUUGGGAAGAGGGGUUCUGCCCUUCUAUAGGCUGCAGAGUGUCACGGUCAGUGCUUUCUGGUGAUAUAUGAAGGAACCAGUAGAGAACAGACAAAUGUGAGUGAAUGGAAUCGAAUCAUUCGAGACUCAGAAGAUGAGUGCCCUUCCUCAGAACUGUCUGGGCAUCUGUAUUAACUUAUGUGCUAGUUACUGUCCUUAACAAUGAUGUGGGUCUAAAUGGGGAGCGAGUGUAAAAUAACAAAAAAUACUAGAGCCAAGUAUAAAGUAUUCCAUCCACCUGUUCAUUCAUCCACUCAGGACAUUUUUGUGCAGCUCUCACAACACGUCAGGCCUUGUGCUGGUCCUUUGAGAAAGACAGACAUCCUGCACUCAGGGAACUCACCUCAUCAGUGGGAAGAAAACUUAUAAACCUAAAUGACGGCCGCUGCUUUGUAAGAGGCGCAUUGGCAGGUAACGAGCGGCGGCGGGUCCCGAGUCCAGCGAGAGCAGCAGUGAUUUUCUAUUUUGUGCAGACGUUAUUUUGUGUAUACCGUAUAUGAUGACUUCGGUGAGCAGUGACUGUUCCAGAAGUGCUCGGGAAAAAACAGAUUUCAGCAACACAGCUACAGCUGAACAGAUGCGUCUCACUCAAGCGAUGUUUGAUGAAAAUGAUUCAGAGUUUGAAGCUAAGGUUAAACAGCUUAUGGAAGUGACAGGAAAACAGGAUGAAUGCAUAGUGGCCCUACAUGACUAUGAUGGAGAUAUCAACAAAGCUAUCAAUAUAUUACUGGAAGGGAAUUCAGACACAACUUCAUGGGAGACUGUAGGAGGGAAGAAGAAGAAUUUUGGAAAAGAGAGUUCGGAAAACAAAGAGAAUAGAGAGAAAAGUGAGAGAGAAGUGAAUCAUGGGCAUGGAAACAACAACUGGAAAGGAAGAGGUGGCAAUUGUGGGAGAGAGUUUAGGGGCAAAGAGAAUGGAAUUGAGUGCAAUCAAGGGGACAAGCCUUCAGACCGUGGAAAGCGAGCUCGUGGUAGAGGAUUUGGACGUUGCAGAGGGAGAGGGGCAGGAAGAUUCUCAACCCAAGGCAUGGGGACAUUUAAUCCUGUGGACUAUUCAGAUUCUCCAUCUAUAGAUGGGUGUGGGACAAAACCAGUAGUUUGGGAAGCUGCUCAGAAUGGUGCAGAUGAGGGAACUGGGGUCUGAAAGAAUUCUGUGGAUGAGUGGGUAACAGAAGACUGGACUGAAGGUCUUUCUGAAACAGAGGUCUUCACUUCCUCGUCUGUUCCAGCAGAGAAUCACGUCACACCUGGGCAAAGUGUUGAUCUGGUAGCCCUGCUCCAGAAACCUCCUAGUCAAGCCUCAGAAGUCAGCUCCGUUGAAACUUCCCAGCAGCAGGGUUUUGGCCAAGCCCUUAUCUUCACGAAUUCUCAGCACAACAAACAGAUGGCACCAGGGACUGGCAGCUCCACCACUGUCAACUUCUGUUCUCCUCAGAGCCUGUCAUCCAUCCUUGGUUCAGGAUUUGGAGAGCUUGCACCUUCAAAAAUGGCAGACAUCACCAGCUCCCAGAUUUUGGGCCAGCUGAAAGCUCCAAGUUUGGGCCAGUUUACCACCACCCCAAGUUCACAACAGAAUAGUACGAGUACCCCCACAACCACUUCUUCUUGGAACCUCAAGCCCUCAGCAUCCCAGUCCUCAGUCCUUAGUCAUUUUGACUUCAGAUCUCAGCCCGAACCGUACCCUGUUUAG